AUGGAGAACACUGAAGAGGAAACACACUGUAGGGGAGAACACCGUAGAGGAGAACCCUGUAGAGAGGGCACUAUAGAGGAGAACACCGGAGAGGAGAACAUUGUAGAGGAGAACACGGUAGAGUAUAACAAUAUAAAGGAGAGCACUAUAGGGGAGGUCAAUGUAGAGGAGAGCACUGUAGAGGAGAACACCGGAGAGGAGAACACUGUAGAGGAGAACAAUGUAGGGGAGAACACGGCAGAGGAGAACACUAUAGAGGCAAACACUAUGGAGAAGAACAAUGUAGAGGAGAACAAUGUAGAGGAGAACACGUUAGAGGAGAACACUGUAGAGGAGAACAUUGUAGAGGGGAACACUGUAGAGGAGAACACUGUAGAGGAGAACAUUGUAGAGGAAAACAAUGUAGAGGAGAACACGGUAGAGGAGAACACUAUAGAGGCAAACACCAUGGAGAAGAACAAUGUAGAGGAGAACAAUGUAGAGGAGAACACGGUAGAGGGGAACAUUGUAGAGGAGAACACUAUAGAGGCAAACACCAUGGAGAACACUGUAGAGGAGAACACUGUAGAGGAGAACAUUGUAGAGGAAAACAAUGUAGAGGAGAACACGGUAGAGGAGAACACGAUAGAGGCAAACACCAUGGAGAAGAACAAUAUAGAGGAGAACAAUGUAGAGGAGAACACGGUAGAGGAGAACAAUGUAGAGGGGAACACUAUAGAGGAGAACACUGUAGAGGAGAACAUUGUAGAGGAGAACACAGUAGAGGAGAACAUGGUAGAGGAGAACACAGUAGAGGAGAACACUGUAGAGGAGAACAAUAUAGAGGAGAACACUGUAGAGGAGAACACAGUAGAGGGGAACAUUGUAGAGGAGAACACUGGAGAGGAGAACAAUGUAGAGGAGAAGACAAACACUGUAGAGGAGAACACAGUAGAGGAGAACAAUGUAGAGGCAAACACUAUAGAGGAGAACACUGUAGAGGAGAACACCGUAGGGGAGAACACUGUAGAGGAGAACACGGUAGAGGAGAACACUAUAGAGGCAAACACCAUGGAGAAGAACAAUGUAGAGGGGAACACGUUAGAGGAGAACACCGUCGAGGAGAACAUUGUAGGGGCGAACACUGUAGAGAACACCAUAGAGGAGAACGCUUGGGGUAAAAGACUAUGUGAGCGGAGGUGUUUGAUCUGA